GACUCCCAUCGCGAGGGCUCCCCGCUCCUCACUCCUUUCGGAAGGCUUCCUCUUCUUGCUACACCUGCCGCAACACCGAAAAGCGCCGGCCUCUCUUUUUGGCCCCAUCUCGUCGCUCCCCACCCCCGUCUCGUUUGGUGCGGCCCCGUGCAUCUGGUCACAAGGCGGCGGGGCGAGGCCUGCUUUCGAGUUCAGGUGGUACUUCUUGCAGCCUCGGCAGGCGUCUUUCAGAGCUACCGGGGCCAUGCCGGGCUGGGGUCGCCUAACCUUCGUACUCUUGACCGUGGUUGCCACAUGUGCCGUGGCACAGAACGCGCCGCCGUGGACAGAAGAUUGCAGAAAAUCAACCUAUCCUCCUUCUGGACCAACCUAUAGGGGUCCAGUUCCGUGGUAUACCAUAAAUCUCGACCUACCACCUAUAAAGAUGGCAUGAAUUGAUGGCUGACAAGGCACCAGCGCUAAAGGUUAUAAUGAAUUCCCUGAAGAAUAUGAUAAAUGCUUUUGUGCCAAGCGGAAAAAUUAUACAAAUAGUGGAUCAAAAGUUGCCUGGUCUACUUGGCAACUUUCCUGGUCCUUAUGAGGAGGAAAUGAAGGGGAUUGCAGCUGUUACUGACAUACCUUUAGGUGAGAUUAUUUCAUUCAAUGUCUUCUAUGAAAUUUUUACCAUUUGUACUUCAGUAAUAACAGAAGACAAACAAGGUCAUCUACUACAUGGGAGAAACUUGGAUUUUGGGAUAUUUCUUGGGUGGAACAUAAAUAAUAAUACCUGGGUCGUAACUGAGCAACUAAAACCUUUAACAGUGAAUUUGGACUUCCAAAGAAACAAUAAAACUGUCUUCAAGGCCUCAAGCUUUGCUGGCUAUGUGGGCAUGUUAACAGGAUUCAAACCAGGUCUGUUUAGCCUUACGUUAAAUGAACGUUUCGGCGUAAAUGGUGGUUAUAUGGGUAUCAUAGAAUGGAUUUUGGGAAAGAAAGAUGCCAUGUGGAUAGGGUUUAUCACUAGAUCAGUCCUGGAAAAUAGCACAAGUUAUGAAGAAGCCAAGAAUGUAUUGACGAAAACUAAGAUAUUGGCCCCAGCAUACUUUAUCCUGGGAGGCAACAAGUCUGGGGAAGGUUGUGUGAUUACGAGAGAUAGAACACAAUCUUUGGAUGUAUAUGAACUCAACCCCAAGCAGGAUAGAUGGUAUGUGCUACAAACAAAUUAUGACCGUUGGAAAAGUCCUUUCUUUCUCGAUGAUCGCAGAACGCCUGCAAAGAUGUGCCUAAACCGGACAACUCAAGAGAAUAUCUCAUUUGCGACCAUAUAUGAUGUCCUGUCAACAAAACCUGUCCUCAACAAGCUGACUGUAUUCACCACCCUGAUGGAUGUUACCAAAGGUCAAUACGAAACUUACCUGCGGGAUUGCCCAGACCCUUGCAUAGGUUGGUGAGCACACACCCGGCGUCUAGAAUGCUGUGAGGCAUGAAGGUGGAAACUCACCCGUGUCCGAGUAGUACGGCUGUCUGACCUCCUUGCAAGACUGAGACUCGGGGCAGUUUCUCUUUGGGGCAUGAAUCCACAGACCAUUUUUGCCCUAACAGUUGAUUACUCUCAUUUACGAUUAACUUCGUUACAGAAACCAAUCACCUAGAAUUUGCGGUUUCACUCCACUUGGACGUUUGGGGACAGGGACCUCGUGGGGCCCACCUCCACAGAAUAAAGCAAGAGUCCCGGUGGGCAUUGACUCGGGCACAUCUGUACACCAUUCCGUCUUUCACUUUAAUCCACAUAUUGGUAUGGUUUUCCGUACAGCAGUCUUUUCCUUCCGAUUCUUUUCAAAUUAACAUAACAUGGUCUUUGCUGUUUUUGACAGCAAUGUAGAGGAGACAUCCACCCACCUGUGUAGUUCUCUUAACAGGCAGUAGUACUGGAGCCUUUGACCCUGAAUAGAAGUACUUUUUUUGGGUUCAUGAAGUAAUCCGUAUGUGAAGGCAGCCUUUUGUACACAGAACUGAAAUGUUCCCUUUUUCAUGAUUAGUCUACCUCCCAGUCACUCCAGGCAUUUGUUAACUUCAAAAACUGAGUCCUAGGUUCUGUGAGUUAGUAGUAAACAGGUCAAAGCCUUGUGGAAAUCGAGGUGAAUCCAUAAACUCUCACAAAUGUUGUUCACUUAAUACAUUUUUAGUUUGAUCGUGUAUUUCUUAAAAACCUUACUAAAAAUGUCUUUCAGAAAUCUGUUUAUGAAAAGCACUGACGGAAUGUGUUAACCUUUCAAACUUUCACACAAUUAACUGUGAAGUGCAUGCCAGUUGGGUGAGACUGUAUACACUUCAUUUUGUAUGAUGUCACUUGUAUUCAUGACGCUCAAUAAACAGUCGUUGGAAAUCGUGUUGGCA